GGAGGGAGGGGGAGGGAGAGAGAGAGAUCAGCUCAGACAUCACAUCAACUUCGUUAUCGAUUCGCAGCCCCAGGUUUUUUUGGGGGGAGGGAAGGGGACGGGUUUGGGAGAAACCGCCCCCCCCCCCAAAAAAAAAGAACUGCAAACUUUAAACGGGGAGAUUUAUUUCCAAUGGACAGGAUUGGACCAAUCGGGGCGGGCUUCACCACCCCGUUUGGGAUCUAACUUUGUCCCCAGACCGGUAGUCGAAUGCGCCCACGUCGGGGCCUCAGGAAGGGAUGGAUUCGCAGAUCGGGGCGCAUUGACGGCGAGGGAGAGGUCGCAGAGCUUUCGAGAGCUUCCAGGGGCUCCGGAGGAGGCGGUCUGGCCGGGACUGCCACCCACCUCUGGCCGUGUGACACCCGAACGCAUCUGAGCGAUUCUUCUUCUGCUCUGGUGAGCUGUGAACUGCUCAACGACCGGAUCAUGUACAGGCUCGGGAGGCGGUGGAUUCCCAGACAACAGACUUGCCCACCGGGCUGUGCCGGCGACGGGGAUUGUUGUGUGUAACGGGGCCCCGCGCCGCGUUUGCAGGAGAAGAAUUCACUGGGGGGUGGUGGUGGUGGGGGGUGUGAAUAAAGUAAGGUGAGGGUAUAAGGGCUCGCAAUUUUUUUUUUUUUUGGGGGGGGGGGGGGAGUUUGUUUUGUUUUUUUCCCCCCCAUCGGCCGCCCCUUGUUAGAAAGGCUUUCCCCUUUUUUUCUUUUUGAAACCUUGAUGGCACGAUGAUGCGCGCAGAGAGAAAUCCUGAGGUCAAUCGGAACUGCGCUGGUCAGGGAAGCGGCAUGCGAGUGCCCGCUCAGCACUAUGGCUAGUAGUGGCUCGGGCAAGUCGACGAGCAACAGCAGCAGCUCCCAGCAGAGGAGGAAACUCGCCUUCCUCUGCGAUACGUGCAAAAGCAAAAUGCAACUGGUAGCCGACCUGCUCCUGCUGUCCAGCGACAGCCGCCCGGUCACCACCGAGAGCCUGUCCGUCUUCGGCGAGUCCUUCGAAAAGUGCCGGGACACCAUCAUCGCCCGGACGAAAGGGCUCUCCAUCCUGACCCACGACGUGCAGAGUCAGCUGAACAUGGGCAAGUUCGCCGAGGUGGGCGAGAGCCUGGCGGAGAUGUGCGACCUGGUGGCUUCCCUGGUCGAGUGCUCGGCGCACGCCGCCUACUUGGCGGCGGUGGAGAGCCCGGGCUCGCUGGCGGCGGUGCCGGGGCUGGUGGACCGUUACCGGAUGACCCGAGCCCGGCACGAAGUGGAACGGAGCUGCCAGGUGGUCCGGAGCUCGGCGCUGGCCGACCUGACGCCGCAGCUGCUGCUGGAGGUCUCGCAGAACCUGUCCAAGAGCCUGAAGAGCCUGACGGACGCCUGCGUGCUGGCCAGCGAGAGCAGCGGGGACCGCUUCGCCCGGGAGCAGUUCAAGCUGAGCGUCAAAUGCAUGAGCACCAGCGCCACUGCCCUGUUGGCCUGCGUCAAGGAAGUCAAGACGUGCCCGAGCGAACUGACGCGCAACCGGUGCGUGCUGUUCGGCGCCCCCCUGAUCCACUCGGUCCACGCCCUGGUGGGUUUCGCCACCGAGCCCCAGUUCUUGGGCAAGGCGGCCACCGUGAGCCCCGAGGGCAAAGCCGUGCAGACCGCCGUCCUCGGGGGGGCCAUGAGCGUGGUGUCCGCCUGUGUGCUCCUCACCCAGUGCCUCAGGGAUAUCGUUCAGCAGCACUCGCCCCCCGACGCGGCCAAGACGCCCGACUACCGGGAGCGCUUGAAGAACUCCGCCGUCGCCGUGUCCGACGGCUGUAACUUGCUGUCGCAGGCGCUGAGGGAGCGGUCCUCGCCCCGGACUCUACCGCCCGUCAACUCCCACUCUGUGAAUUAAUUCCGAGUUUCGCGCACGAGAAUGAAAUCGGUGGA